AUGAGACUAAAUGACUUACCUCGUGAAAUACUCUCGCGUUGCUUUUCCUACUUGAGCACAGAUCUCCUCACCGACAUAGUAUUAUUGGAGAACAUUCCUGAUAUCAUUCUUGAAGCUGCAGCUGAUAACCUCAAUAGUUUAUGGUAUUUCAAGCGCUUUCGAAGAUACGAAAUUAAUAAAAUUGAAGGUAUUGAAGCCCACUAUGAAACUGAUUUCGACCGGUUUGUACGCAUACACAAAAACCUUGAAGAAAAGUCACUCAAAUGUCCUCUUUGGUUCCAUUAUAUCUGGGAAAAUAUCUCUCAAAUGCACCAAAGUCUUGACGAAAUCAAGUCAAUUUACAAUGGCCAAGAAUUGGGCAUCCAUGGCGACUUCAUAGGAUCUGCGUUUCAAAACUAUCCUUUCUUUUCAGACCAUGAUAUCAAUCUCAACGUCACUUGCCUUUCAUUAAAAAAUUCUUAUGGUCAUCUGAGCCAAAAUAUCGAUUUGAAUAAUUUUCCGAAAUUGGAGACUUUUUAUGGCGAUGAGGUAGUUAUAACAGUUGACCACAACCACCCCAGAUUGAGGAACUUGUAUCUUAAAGAGGUGACUUUCAGCACAUUACCAGUUAAUUUGAAAAAGUUGGUAACAAGAUGGUGCAGUAUAGAGAUGAAUGAAAAUCAUCCAAAGCUAGAAGCUCUCACAGUGUUGGCUCUAGAAAACGCACUAGAACCUUCCGACUGUUCCUUGCUACUACGACUACUCAGGAAAGAUUUGGAACAUUUUUCGUAUACCCCUCGAUACGGAAGAGACGACUAUGAAAAUCGCGGGGUAAUAGAGGGAGAAAUCUACUCCAAGCUCGGCAAGGAAUUGACAAGUCUUGGAUUUUCUGGUUCAAUGUCGUCUACAAUUCCCAGGCUGCUACGCUCAUUAUAUUCCUACCAUGGUGGAAGCUUCGAAAAUUUGCCUGCUUUUACACAGAUGACAUCACUUACGUUAAAGCUGCCAACAGAUAACAUCAACAGUUUUGAAUUACCGCCCAACUUGCUCAGCCUUACAUUGGUGCUGCCAGGUGUGAUCGACAGUUUAAAAUUUCCGCCCAACUUGGUCAAACUUUCGAUUACGGAUCGUCUGUUCAAAAAUAUAGCCAAAGUUAAAUUUCCUCCCAACUUAGUUGACCUCAAACUAGAGAAUUGUAACAUUACACUGACAGUCAGAUGGCUAAAACCUGCCCGAUUGAAGAGACUUUCACUUGCAAGAAAUAACCUUUCAUCUUUCGAAGCCGUCUC